CAAAAAAGGGUGGCAUCUUUUCCCCCCAGCUGGUUGGAAGAGGAUAGACCGGUGGAUGUUGUCUCAACGUGACUGUUUACUGAUAAAAUAACCUUUUAAUAUAUAUUCGACGCUGUAUGUGUUUCUAUACGUGAAAAAGAGACGGUGGGACCGUAUCUAAUCCCGUCGGGAAACCCGAGUAACGUUUUUCGUCGAAAUAAAUCCUCGUUUUGUUUUUAAUCCAGUUGAUCAGACGUGUUUGUUGAUUUCAUCUCGCCGAGACGACUGUCUAUAGUCAUUUUUUAUUUUAUUUAUUCUGAUAAAUAAGAGCGAUCUCUUGUGGAUUAAAUUGAACUACAAAAUACGAUGAGUACCUUGAACUCUGUGGAUCGAGUUGAACUGUGCGACAGCCUUUUAACAUGGAUCCAGACGUUUGGAUUGGAGGCACCAUGCAGGACGGUGGACGAUCUCACAAGUGGGAUCGUCAUGGCCCAGGCCCUACAGAAAAUAGACAUUGUGUAUUUCACUGACAACUGGAUCGGUAGGAUCAAGCCCGAGGUGGGAGAUAACUGGCGGCUAAAGAUCAGUAAUCUAAAGAAGGUGUUGAAAGGUAUACUGGACUACAACCAAGAGGUCCUUCAACAGCAGAUCAAUGACUUCACCCUGCCAGACAUCAACCUGAUAGGAGAACACUCAGACGCUGCAGAGCUGGGCAGGAUGCUGCAACUCAUACUAGGCUGUGCUGUCAACUGUGAGCAGAAACAAGAAUACAUCCAGACCAUAAUGAUGCUGGAGGAAUCUGUUCAACACGUUGUCAUGACAGCCAUUCAAGAGUUGAUGAGCAAAGAGUGCCCUGUAAUGGGAGGAAACGACUCGUACGCUGACAUCGAUAGACAGCUGAAGAAGACGGUGGAGGAUUUGAACGAGGCUCUAGCCACCAAGGAGGAGAUCGCACAGAGAUGUCACGAGCUGGACAUGCAG